AUGGGAUACAACGAGAAAUUCUGGAAGGCUCUAUUGAACGCAUCAAAGUAUAACACUCGCGAGGAAGCAAUCGCAGAAUUUAAAGUGACCGGAGUCCGUCGGCAAGAAGGCUCAAAAUGCAUCUGUACUCAUGUGAUAACAGAACAAUGCGAGGUCAAAUCCGUAGUCAACAACAAGGUGUUGAUUAUCGGUAAUUGUUGCAUAAAGCGCUUUUUUUCGGCGGAGGAAGCGGCGAAGGCGGACGAUUUGUUCAAGAAACUGGCUCGUAAGACUCGGGAUUGCAUCAAGUGUAAUAAGCGAUACCCUAAAGACUAUGCGAGAGACAUGGAUGAGAAGUUAUGUAAUGACUGCUUCGCCCAUUAUAAGACUUGUGGUACUUGCGAUAAAGGAUGGGUUUACUGCGAAAAUGAGAGUGAGUUUCGUUGGAAGACCAUGUGUACUGAUUGCUUCAAGACCAAGAAAACGAAGGAACAGGCUGAAAAGCCGCUCGCGACACCGAGGACCUGCAAAGGAUAUACGGGACAUAAAUGUAAGAAGAGUAUCAACGCUGCAGAACACUGGAAAACUCGAUGUAGCAACUGUUACGUCCAGUGGAAGAAAGAGAAGAAGAAACAGAUCAAUUGUCGCGGCCAGUAG